GCGCUGAAGCACAAACCGCUCACCAGCUGUUGAACCGGAAGUUGACCACUUUUCCAGGUGACGUGCAAGACCUGCACGUAAGCGAGUCUGCACCGGCAUCGCCUGUGCGCGCGAGCAGGGAUGUCAUCAGAGGAGGGUGAAGAAGAGCAGUUCCGAGCCUUCGUGGCGCUGCACGCGGCCGCGCUCAGCUCCUCCGGCGUGCCGCGUGUCCUCUGGAGCAGCCUCUUCCACAAAAUCACCCACGAGGUUUUUGAUGCUGGGGAGGUUUUCGGAAUCCUGCAGUUCCGUGAGGAAGAGGAAGAAACUGAGACGAAGAGCAAUCCUGCAGCUGACGUCAGGUGUAAGGUGGUGGUCACCCGGGAGAGCGGCCUGCAGGUCUCAGACCCCAACAGCAUCUUCCUGGUCGAUCACGCCUGGACGUACCGCGUGGAACAUGCCCGGCAGCAGCUGGAGCAGAUCCCCGGACUGCUGCCCCGAAUGGCAUCCCUCAUGGGGGUGGACUUUCACGGGGAGGUGCUCCCCCCAGAAAUAGUGGAGUCAAUAUUGGAACGAAUGUGGAAGUACAACCAGACUUAUCAGCUGUCUCAUGGGUCAGCAGAGGAGAAGGUCCCGGUCUGGUACAUCAUGGAUGAGUUUGGCUCCCAGGUGCAGCACUCGGACCGGCCCAGCUGUGCUAUGUUUCCCUUCUUUCACAUCCCCAGCCAGGUGGCCUACACCAUCCUCUGGCCUCUGCAGGACCUACAGGAAGGAGACGAAGUCACUCGAGACUUUUCUUACGGGGAGACUGACCCCCUGCUGAGGCGGUGCCGUCUGCUACCGUGGAAACCAGAUGCGCUGGAGGAGGUGAGCAGCGCUGUGACCGAGCCUGCAGACUCGUACUAUGAGGCGAUUGCUCUGGAGAACAAGGAGCGACUUCCAGUGGAAGUCCAACCCCCCUCACUUCCCACAGACAAAAUCUUCAAAGUUUUCUCAGAAUUGUCUCAAGUGACCAACAACCUGACGCACCCCCGUUUUCAGUUGACGGAUGAGGAGGGGGAGGCCGACAUCCUCUGGAGCUACAACCACAUCAAGGACUUCAGGAAGCUGAGCGAGGAGCGGCCUCACGUCCUCCUGAACCAGUUUCCCUGCGAGAGCCUGGUCACCGUGAAGGACUGCCUUGCUUCUGUGGCUCGUAGGGUGAGAGGUGGGCCCCUCCCAGAUUGGCUCCCAGAAGCCUUCAACCUGCAAACCGAACUGCCACAGUUCAUCAAGUACUUCCAGCAGAGGCAGCAAAGGGGGGAGGACAACCACUGGAUCUGCAAGCCCUGGAAUUUGGCGCGUGGACUGGACACGCACAUCACCAACAACCUGGACUACAUCAUCAGGCAGAGAGAGAGCACCCCCAAGGUGGUGUGUAAGUACAUCGAUGAUCCGGUGCUGUUCCACAGGGAGGAAGUGGGAUUGGUGAAGUUUGACGUUCGCUACAUGCUGAUGCUGCGCUCGGUGCAGCCUCUGCGACUCUACGCCUACCAUGUCUUCUGGCUUCGUUUCGCCAACAAGGCCUUCUCGUUGGACCACCUGGACGAUUACCAGAAGCACUUCACUGUUAUGAACUACACAGAGGGCGUGGAGCUCAAACAGGUGCACUUCAACGACUUCAUCCCCAUGUUUGAGCGGCAGUAUCCACAACAUCCAUGGAAAGAGGUGGAGGCUCAGCUCUUUGCAGCGUUUAGGGAACUCUUUCAGGCAGCUUCUUCUCGGCCGCCUCCAUUUGGCAUCUGUCCAUACAGCUCAUCUCGAGCCAUUUACGCUGCAGACGUCAUGCUGAAGUGGAACAGGGGAGCAGAUGGUGAGCAGUCCAUGCAGCCUCAGAUCCUGGAGCUUAACUUCAGCCCGGACUGCGCUCGUGCCUGCCUCUACCACCCUGAUUUCUACAACCACAUGUUCCAGGCACUGUUCCUAGAUGAACCAGAUGGCCUUCCGCUCACUCGCAUCGUUUGAUGCUUUGGCAGGAGAGACUGAGAUCGCUUUUCAUUGUUUAACUGAAGCCGUCAGUACCAUGAUCUAAUGAAGUCCUCUCAUUUUGAGGUUGAACUCUUUUGAGGUUGAACGCUUUUCAAAACACCGGCAGAUUGCAAUUGUGGAUUUCUCCAUUCAUGAAGUCUCUGCUCCGUUCACUCCACAAUCACCUGCAGAGAAAGUCUUCCUGAAAAUAUGAAAGUCAUUUGACUCAUUGGCGCCUCACCCUGGUCAGGAGGAGCAAGACUGUCUUAGGAAUUAUUCCCCUGAACUGUAUUUUUAUUCUGUGACAUUAAAGGAUCUUUCUAUGGUAUU